AUGCAUGCUAAGUCGCUUCAGUCGUGUCUGACUCUGUGCGACCCCACGGACAGCAGCCCACCAGGCCUCUCUGUCCCUGGGGUUCUCCAGGCAAGAAUCCUGGAGUCAGCUGCCAUUUCCUUCCCCAAUGCACGCAUGCAUGCUAAGUCGCUUCAGUCGUGUCUGACUCUGUGGGACCCCACGGACAGCAGCCCACCGGGCCCCUCUGUCCACGGGAUUCUCCAGGCAAGAGUACUGGAGUCAGCUGCCAUUUCCUCCUCCAUCAUACCCCUGCUGGCACUUGUUAACUUUGUCUUUUUAACAACAGCCUUUCUGGCAGGUAUAAGGUGA